AUGAGGGCCCGCGUCUCCUCCUGGGCCCAGGUCUCAGCCCGUUUCUUGGGGCCCGAUGAAGAUGUCGGAGGUUUGAUUGUUGGAGAUGGGGGCAGCGGCAUUGUCGUCGCCGGCGGUGGGGGUGGCGAUGUGGGGUUGAGGGCUGAGUUGGAUGAUCAUGCCGUUGCUCUGCGCCGGCUGCAAGAUGUUGUACAGCACCCACGCGAUCGCCGGCGCCACCACGAACAGCAGAAGCUGACCCCGGUUGUCCGCCGCCGCCUCCGCCACGGCGGCCGAGGCCUCUGCCGGGUGAAGGAACCCCGACGCGGCGAGCCCGCCCAGCCCGAGCCCGAUAGCCACGCCCUUGGAGCUCCUCAUCCGGUUGAUCUGGUUCAGCGCCGGCUGGAGGAUAGAACCCACAGCACGGCGGGGACAAGCGGGAUCAGGAGCGCGACGCCGCGGCUGUCGCCGUCGGCGAUCUCCGCCAGCUGCUGGGCAGCGAGGGCGGGAUCCGCGGCGGAGAGGGCGGAGAACACGGCGCCGGCGAGGGCGGCCCCGGAGAUUGAGGUGGCGGGGCGCGCCGCGGCGGCGACGGAGAGGCCCUUUUGUAGGUUUUGGAGGGAGAUAAGGGGGAUUUGCUUGGUGGGCUUUGAUGGGUUUGUGGUGGUUUUGGAGUUUGUGAUGGUGAAGCUCUUGGGGUUGAGGAUAGCCAUUGAUGUAGCCAUUGUAGCUGCCAUGGAGGCCUCACUGAAGAUUCAAAUAUGGGCCCCUGGCCCAUGCCCCCAGUCCAAUUUGGAUAUUGGGCUUGCACCUUUGACACAAAGUUUUCACAGGAAGUGGAAGUGGGUGAGGACCCGUCAGCUUAUUGGGUUCCGACUUCCGAGAGAUAUAUUAUACAUAUACUACUAUAAUGGAUCCAAGGUUUGA